AAAGUUAUGGAGCAUCUUUCAUAAAAAAAUCAUUCUUGUUCAGGGAAAUAGAAAAUCGCCAUCCAACCGCGACUCUGCCAGAAAGAACUGCAGCACGCAUGCUCACUGGAGUACCCAAAAAUGGAAUUUAACUGCUCCGAUUUGAGCCUCUGGAAAGAGGCCUUGUUGUCCUACGAGGCCCGUAUCGAAGCCUUGGAUAAGCCCAAUCUCGUCUCUCUAGACGGCUUCUACCGGAACGAACUCCCCGUUCUCAUCCGUCAGCGGGACCCUACUCCGUACAUCAUCACGUCGGAACUCACCAAGCUCAUGCAAUGGAAGCUCACCCGAGGCAAAUGGAGGCCGAGGCUUUUGGAUUUCGUGUCGUCAUUAGAUGAUGAAGUAGUAAAAUCGGCUUCACAGGCAGGAUUUCGCUCUCUCCCGGACGUCUCCAAAGCCAUUUCGGAGCUUACGGUUUUGAAAGGUGUUGGUCCGGCCACGGCUUCAGCUGUCCUGGCCGCUUACGCCCCUGAUGUUGCACCGUUCAUGUCUGAUGAAGCAAUGGAUGCUGCCAUUGGUAACUCCAAAGAUUACACCCUGAAACAGUAUUUAGUUUUCGUGGACAAGCUACAGGCGAAAGCUAAGGUGACUACUGUGCUGUAUAUAUUUUAGUUUGAUUGAAUUGGAGGUAAUUACAGUUAUUUUGGUAAUGAGGCAUUUGCAUUGAUACCAUAUCUUCAACUUUUGGAAAUUAUGUAAUUGAUUGUUAAUGGAAAAUGCUUCUUCAUUUUAAUGCGCAAAAUGCGUUUAGGAUAGGAUUAUCAUUUUCAGUGACAUGAGAACCUGCAGUUGCUGUCUUGUGGUGCACACUGGGUGAAGCAUGUAAAUUGUACUGGAUGAAUUAUAUUUUACCAGUUGUAACAAGUAGGUCAAUAGGCAGUACUUGGUAAGAUUUAAAGACGGGACCUUGCAGCUGCCAUGUUAAUUGUUCAACCAACUUGGCUACCCUUGUGGGGUAUGAUAGGACUACCAUGAAAUUAGAGCUAGUAGUUUUAGACUUUUAGCAUGUUUAGGUAAGGUCUAGAAAGAGUUUGUGAUUUAUGGUAACUUGGGGAUUCAUAUGGUGAUUAUGGAAGAAGUAUAACUUAUAGUUUGACAAUUGAUGUGCAUUUUUUACUAAAGCCAGAGUACUAAGUUGUUCGCAGGUGUUGUAACUUUUCAGCUUGCCAAUUUCUUUUAUUAUCACACAGGAGAGCUUUAGUGAUGACUCACAGUUGAUUACACACUAGAGCUUCAAUAGGAAUUAACAGCAAAAGGUCUUACAUUUACACCAUCCGACAUCGAAAGGGCCUUAUGGAGUAGUGCCAUUGGUGCCAAAUUGAGUGGCUCCACCAAGAAACGGGGAGGUGAAACUGGGAGCAAGUCAAAAAGAAAGAGAAAUCGAUAAUCAUGCUGCUACCUGCUUGAUCCAUGACGUGCGGUAACUAGUUAUGAGUAGUUAGCUAACUUCUUCAUUACCCUUCUGAUCAUCUUUUCAAGCUUUGGUUUCUUGUAGCUUGUAGUAGUUUGUAUUAAUAUGUAUGUGUCGUAUCUAAGCAGCGACAGUGAAAUAUCUUCAGGAUCGUAGUAUUAUUCAGAAACCAUCAUGCUCUCUAUUUGUAAUUUUAUUUAUAUAUUGGACUUUUUCUUGGUUCAUACUU